CGGCGGCCCGCGCCGCUCCAUCGGCGCUUUGCCACUUGUUUCCAAGUUCCAGAUCGCCAGCAUGUCGGAGACCGCUCCUGCCGCCCCCGCUGCCGCGCCCCCUGCGGAGAAGGCCCCCGUGAAGAAGAAGGCGGUCAAGAAGUCCGCAGGGGUGCGCCGCAAGGCGUCCGGGCCGCCGGUGUCCGAACUCAUCACCAAGGCUGUGGCCGCCUCCAAGGAGCGCAGCGGCGUCUCGCUGGCGGCGCUCAAGAAGGCGCUGGCAGCCGCGGGCUACGAUGUGGAGAAGAACAACAGCCGCAUCAAGCUGGGCCUCAAGAGCCUGGUGAGCAAGGGCACCCUGGUGCAGACCAAGGGCACCGGCGCCUCGGGCUCCUUCAAGCUCAACAAGAAGGCGGCCUCCGGGGAGGCCAAGCCCAAAGCCAAAAAGGCGGGCUCGGCCAAACCCAAGAAGGCUGCUGGGGCGGCCAAGAAACCCAAGAAGGCCGCGGGGUCAGCCACCCCCAAGAAGAGCGCCAAGAAGACCCCGAAGAAGGCGAAGAAGCCGGCGGUGGCUACUGUGGCCAAAAAGGUAGCCAAGAGCCCCAAGAAAGCGAAGGCUGCCAAGCCCAAGAAGGUCGCCAAGAGCGCAGCCAAGGCUGUGAAGCCCAAGGCCGCCAAGCCCAAGGUUGCCAAGCCCAAGAAGGCUGCACCCAAAAAGAAGUAGGUUGUUCUGCUUCUAAAACCCAAAAAGGCUCUUUUCAGAGCCACCACUGGUCUCACCAAGAGAGCUGUGCACUUUGCCCUACCGCCCUUGUUUCUCUCUCCGCUGUCUUACUUUGCUAGUACUGCCGCCGAGAUGGCUUCAGACGCUUCCCGGGAAGAGGGGGUGUGUGUAGGGAGGGACACCGACGCGCCCCGGGGCCCUCCUGACAGCUGGCCGCGCGCUGGCGCCGCUCGCCGUCAGCUGUGCGGAAGCGUUCCCGGCGGCCCCACCCCACGCCCAGGGACUGGGGAACUCGGUGGUGCCAGCCAGUGUCUCCGCCCGCCGGGCAGUCAAAAAGUCCCGCCUGCUCACGGGUUGGUGCCUUCCUCCAAGCUUGGCUCCCAUCCUGGGUUUCACUGGGCAGCGGCGGGUUCUGUCAGCUUUUCUUUCUGUGAGGCCGAGUUUGCUCUUUCCGCCAAGUGUAGAGAUGCAUCUCUUGUGGGGACACGGAACAAGUUCCCCAAGGUCAGCUCGGUGUGUCCCGGCGCGUUGGUGGCGUUCAGCCCUUGCAAAGGGGAGGCGGGCGGGCGCCUUUUCGCGUGUUCUAACUACCGUUUAUUUGGCGACAAAAAAGUGCACUUGAGGAAAGGCGCACCCAGGGCUCGGCUGCACCGGGACGUUUCUGUCCGUCACACCCGGUAGUUUUGGACCUUGGUGUGACUGCUCUGAGCGCAUCAAAAACAACUUUUGGUCGCCAUCUUGGCCUGGCUGGCGGUUCCCCGUACUCCUCGUAUUUCUUUAAAUCCACCCGAGGAUAUUUUGAUUUUACAGAGUUAUGCAGAGAGACAGAGAGAGAAGGAACAUCGAUCGUCCCCGUAUUGGGGCUCGAACUCGCAACCUUCUUGGUGCACCGGACGGCGCUCCAACAGAGCCACCCGGCCGAGGCCCGUCCUUGUAGACAGGCAUCUGAAAAUUAGUGCUUCAGAAGCCCUUGCUUUGUGUGUGUGCGCAAUCCAAGUGUUUUUACGGGAAUCAGGAGAAAACUAUUGGCAAACUCUUGGAUAUGUGUCUGUGAGUGGGGGUGAUGCCAGUCAAGAGCUUUCGCGUCACUGACACGGUCAUCUGUGGAUUCUUUUGUAUUUACGGCAUUUCUCCCGGAGGAACUCCAGAGGCCCGUUUUUAUUCCGGUGAAUGCAGAUUUUCUCGAGACACGUUCCAGAAACGGGCUUCGGGGGGCUGCAGCUCAGCUCCUCACCUAUUGCCCCCAAUACAGCGUUGAUGAGACUUAAUUCCCGUAUUAGUGCUGGUGACCGCGGAGUUCAUCCGCCCUGCCCCGCCCAACUGGACGGACGGAUAAUAAUCUUCAUUGUUUUUGUAAGAAUAAGACUCCCUUGAGCUCCGUGUAUUUGAGUGCCAAGUUAUGGAUAUGAGUAUGUGGAUAAUGUUUGUUAUAUGAAUAUAUGCAUGUUACAUGUUAGAUUUUAGACAUAUGUGUAUAUGUAGAUAAUUUUCCCUCCAAGACCAUUUCCUUCCUCUUCCAACUCUGCCUUUCCUUCCCUCACCACCCCACCCCCACUUGAGAUGGCACCUUUAUCCUCUUUGUCACAGCCUAAAUUGUACGGAUAGGUGGACUGAUUUUUGGUUUUCUAUUUUGUUCCUUUGAUCUUUCUGGCCAUUCCUAAGGUUCGAGAUCACACUUUUUAAAAAUCUUU